AUGCCUACGUUUACCCUGCAGUCCUCAGUCAAAUGGGAUCCACAUGGAGUUGGAGCAGCAUUCAAAAGAGAGGUGCUGCAUGGAGGGUCAGGAGGCAGACAAAUUAAAACCCUUGGCAGAAACUUUGGGGAGUCCCAGAGCAGAGAGCCAAGGCAGUUUUCAGAGUGUUCGAAGCACCAUGGUAGCACCCACACACAGCCCAAGAAAGACCGUGAGCAGUUACGCAGUGCCCUGGUUGGCAUCAUCCUGCAACAGGAGUCCAACACUGGCAAGACCAUAGGUGAUGACAGGAACCCCCCUACCUGUGGCUCUCUCACAGCCACAGAAAAGGAUAUUCCGACAUAUUACUACUACAUACAUUAUGGCAUUGACACCGAGCAUGUGGCCCCUAUGGAGGAUACUUGGCUGCAGAACGUUUUGGACCUGGUCCCCACCCACUUGAAGAACUUGGCGGGGACAAUUGAGCUACUCUCUGAUGAGAUGCGAGAGGACUACAUGUUCAGUGUGAAGAAAGCUAUUGUGGAUUUUGUGCUGCAAGACCCAAGCGAAAAUGAUAACAAGGUGAAAGACCUGCCACCUCACAGAGCUGAAUUGGAGGUGGUGCCAAAACCAUGGAAGAAGUCCUAUAUCCAAGCCCAAAUUAAAAUGAGAGAUAAGCUUCAUGCUUUCAACCCCACUAUGCUGCAAGUUCUGGAUCUAUGGCAUGCAUCUUUCAAGGAUCUACGUCUGAUAGACGUGGAGGAGUUCCACAGCAGAGCAGAGUCUAUGGAGCUAUCUCUCUUCCAGCAGCUUGUCACCAGACACAUUGAAAGUGCCAAAGGUGUCCUCCUCAAAAAAUGGUUCCCUGAGGUGCAGAACAUUUUCUACCAGGGUAGCAAGCGCAAACUGUUGCCCAGAAACAGCAACAUGGCCAAGCUACAGUCUUUCUUCAACUGUGUAGCUGCCCUGAUGACAUCCCAGUUGCAAAGCCUGGCAUUGGAUUCCAUCAGGGAUUACACACACCUAAUCUGCCAAGACCUGCUGUCAGUGCGAGCCCAUAAGCACUCUGGCUUUGUGUUGCAUCUGAUCCUGGAGGACAAAGAGAUCAAAUUUGAGCCUGACUUCAACAAGCUCCAGAUUGUCCUACUCAGUGUCUACGACUUUAUGCUCAAGUCCAUCAGCCUGGUGCCUCGGGUGGAAACCAAACUCUACUCUGAUUGUCUAGGCACCCGGUCAGGGGGCACCCUGAGGCCCAUCAUCUUACCAGAGAUUAUGAAGACCCAGCAGGAAAAGGUUUGCACCGUCAUCCAGGCUGAGAGUGUUGGGCCCAUGGAGCAUGUGCGCCUGUAUGACAGGUACGUGGCACUGGUGUCCAGGCAGGCAGAGGAAGGUGUAGAGCAGUUCCUCUGUGAGCAACACACCUUCCAAGAGGUCAUGGUGGAAGUGGUUCGCUACCAGCAGCUGGCUGACCAGAUUCAGUACUCUUCUUGCAAGGUGGUGCGUCUUGGGAUGUUUGAGGUUCACUCCCAUGAGCUGAUCCUCUCUCUUGUCAAGCGUGCUGAGGGGCUGCGGCAAAAGCUGAUUGCAUGGAUGCUGGCGGACCAUCAUGAAAUCAACAGAAAGCUCUGUGAUGAAUUUAAGAGGAUUGCUGAGAAGGCAGUGAGUACGCCGCCGGACACACACAAACUGAUGGAACUCAAGGCCUAUGUGAACAUGGUGGAGACCACAGAGAUGCCCCAACUGGAGCAGAGACUGGCUGAAUCCAAUGCACGCUUAUGCUUCCUGGUGGACCAUGUCACCUUCUCACCAGCAGACAUGAGGCUUAACAGGCAGACCUCUGAGUGGCAUGCACGUAUGGCCUCCAUCUUUGAGGAGCACCGGCAGAUCAUCAGCGAAAAGACACAACAGUAUCAGAGUGGCCUCAAGUUGCGAUGUGAGUGCUUUGUCGAAGAGCUGGAGUGCUAUGCCAUGCUGGUGGGGGAGUUUUCUACCUUUGGUGACCUGGCAGAUCUAAACAAAUACCUGAAAAAAGCUCAGGCCCUCAAUAACAAGCUGGAGUCAGCCAUGGACAAGAUUGAUGGCUUCAACCAAGAGGAGGAGGCCUUUGGCUGGCCUAUGUCCCAGUACCCACAACGUAAGAAGAUCCAGGACAAGCUUAUGCCCUUCCUGCGCCUUUAUGAGAUAGCUUCUGAUUUCCAGAGCCAGCACAAGCAAUGGGUCCAUGGGCCAAUUUCUGGUGUCAGCCCAGACAAGGUGGAGGGAGAUGUUGGCAACUACUGGCGUGCCCUCUACAAACUGGAGAAAGGUUUCAGUGACACGCCCAAAGCCCUUGACAUUGCCACCAAGAUAAAGGCUGAGGUGGAAGCCUUCAAAGCACACAUCCCUCUUGUGCAGGUUCUGUGCAACCCGGGAUUGCGUGACCGUCACUGGGAUUCUAUGUCCGCAGUGACAGGGUUCCCCCUGCGGCUGUCUGAUGACCAGGCCUGCAUGGCUCGCUUUCUGCCCCUGCACCUUGAGCAGCACCUGGGCAGCUUUGAGGGCAUCAGUGAGGCAGCUACCAAGGAGUACUCCCUGGAAAAGGCCAUGGAGAAGAUGGUCGAUGAGUGGAGUGACAUGGAGUUCAGCAUGCUGCCCUACCAAGAGACAGGAACCUCCAUCCUAUCAUCUGUGGAUGAGAUACAAAUGCUGCUGGAUGAUCACAUUGUCAAGACCCAAACCAUGAGGGGCUCGCCAUUUAUAAAGCCUUUCGAAGAAGAGAUAAGGGAGUGGGAGGCAAAGCUGCUACUCCUCCAGGAGAUCCUGGAUGAGUGGCUGAAGGUGCAGUCCACCUGGCUGUACCUAGAGCCCAUCUUUAGCUCCCCUGACAUCAUGACCCAAAUGCCUGAGGAGGGAUGCCAUUUCAACACUGUCGACAAGACCUGGAGGGACACAAUGAAGCAAGUCUCCCUAGACAAACAUGUUCUGGUGGUGGUGGCCAUUGACAAGAUGCUGGAGAAGCUAAAGAAGUCCAAUAUGUUUCUAGAGAUGAUCCUAAAAGGUCUUAAUGACUACCUGGAGAAAAAGCGCCUCUAUUUCCCACGCUUCUUCUUCCUCUCCAAUGACGAGCUGCUGGAGAUCCUCUCUGAGACCAAAGACCCCACCAGGGUCCAGCCCCACCUGAAGAAGUGCUUCGAAGGCAUUGCUAGUGUAGUGUUCACUGAUGUGCUGGAUAUAACCCAUAUGAAGAGCAGUGAGGGUGAGGUUGUUCAUUUGCUGAACAUCAUAUCUACCUCCAAGGCCAGAGGCCAAGUGGAGAAAUGGCUUCUGGAGCUGGAGAAUGGCAUGAUUGCAUCACUGCAUAAGGUAAUUGGGAAAGCAAUUGAUGCAUACCCUGAGGACCUGAGGAUUAACUGGGUGCGUGCUUGGCCGAGUCAGACUGUGCUGUGUGUCUCACAAGUCUAUUGGACUAAGGAUAUCCACCAAGCUAUUUGCUCAGGACAGAAGGCCCUGGAGGCCUACCUGCAGCAGAACAACAGGCAGAUAGAUGAUAUUGUGACACUAGUUCGUGGGAAGCUGCCCAAGCAGAACCGGGUGACCUUGGGUGCCCUGGUGGUCCAGGAUGUUCAUGCCAGGGAUGUGCUGGCCACGCUGGUCCAAAAGGGCAUCAACAAUGAGAACGACUUUGAAUGGCUCAGUCAACUACGCUACUACUGGGUGGAGAACCACCUCCAGACUAAGAUGAUCAAUGCCGGCUUGGCAUACGGCUAUGAGUACCUGGGAAACACUCCACGGCUGGUUAUCACUCCUCUCACUGACCGUUGCUACAGGACUCUAUUUGGUGCUCUCCAUCUUCAUUUGGGAGGGGCCCCUGAGGGCCCAGCUGGCACAGGGAAGACAGAGACAACAAAAGAUCUGGCUAAGGCCAUUGCCAAGCAAUGUGUGGUCUUCAACUGCUCUGAUGGACUGGACUACAUUGCUUUGGGCAAAUUCUUCAAAGGCCUUCUGUCCUGUGGGGCCUGGGCCUGCUUUGAUGAGUUCAACCGCAUUGACCUGGAGGUGCUAUCCGUAGUGGCCCAACAGAUUCUUACCAUACAGAGAGGGAUUGCUGCCAAUGCUGAGAUGUUGAUGUUUGAGGGAACAGAGCUGAAACUGGAUCCAUCCUGUGCAGUCUUCAUCACCAUGAACCCUGGCUACGCUGGACGCUCUGAGCUACCUGACAAUCUCAAAGCUCUGUUCAGGACUGUGGCCAUGAUGGUUCCAGACUAUGCUAUGAUUGCCGAGAUUGUUCUCUACUCUUGCGGCUUUGUAACAGCACGCCCACUGUCAGUGAAGAUCGUGGCCACCUAUCGGUUGUGUUCAGAGCAGCUGUCCUCCCAGCACCACUAUGACUAUGGGAUGAGGGCUGUCAAGUCUGUGUUGACUGCUGCAGGAAACCUCAAGCUGAGUUUUCCAGAGGAGAAUGAAGACAUCCUGUUGCUGAGGUCCAUCAUUGAUGUCAAUCUGCCCAAAUUCCUGGCCCAUGAUCUGCCACUCUUUGAGGGAAUCACCUCUGACCUGUUCCCCGGAGUUAAGCUUCCAAAACCUGAUUACCAUGUCUUACUGGAUGCCAUUAAUGAAAACAGCCGCCGUAUGAAUCUGCAGGUCACUGACUUUUUUGCAAAGAAGAUCCUGCAGAUCUUCGAGAUGAUGAUCGUAAGGCAUGGGUUCAUGCUGGUUGGUGAGCCCUUUGGGGGUAAGACCUCUGCCUACCGGGUGCUGGCAGCGGCCCUGUAUGACAUCUGUCAGAAGGGUCUGAUGGAUGAAAACCAGGUCCAGAUCACAGUCAUCAACCCCAAGUCCAUCACCAUGGGUCAACUGUAUGGCCAAUUUGAUCCAGUCUCUCAUGAGUGGUCUGAUGGCAUCCUUGCUGUAAGCUACAGAUCCUUCGCCAUUUCACAGAGUCUGGACAGGAAAUGGUUAAUAUUUGAUGGACCCGUGGAUGCAGUGUGGAUUGAGAACAUGAACACAGUGCUAGAUGACAACAAGAAGCUAUGUUUGAUGAGUGGUGAAAUCAUCCAGAUGUCACCGCAAAUGAGCCUCAUCUUUGAGCCCAUGGAUCUGGAGGUGGCCUCACCUGCUACGGUGUCUCGUUGUGGUAUGAUCUACAUGGAGCCCCAUAUGUUGGGCUGGCGGCCUGUUAUGCUCUCCUGGCUCAACACCCUCCCUGCCACAGUCAGAUCCAUGCAUAAGGACGUCAUUACUGGUCUGUUUGACCGCAUACUACCUACCUGCCUGCAACUUAUUCGGAAAGCCACCAAGGAGCUGUCACCUACCUCUGACACCAACCUCGUCAAGUCUCUGAUGAACCUGAUGGACUGCAUGAUGGAUGAGUUCCUCUACGAAGCCAAGAUCCAGAGCAUGAAUGAAAGGGAUAUUUGCUCCUGGUUGGAGGGCAUUUUUGUCUUCUGCCUUGUGUGGUCAGUGGGCGCUAGCUGUGACGAGCUGGGUCGGGUCAAGUUUGAUGCUGUGGUUCGGGAGGUGCUGAAUGGACCACUUAGUGAGGAGACACGGGCCCGCCAUGGAAUCCUGGCCACCGUGGAGCCUCCACCCAAACAGCUUACUGUUCCCCUGCCCAGUGAGGGCACACUUUACCAGUAUCGUUUUAUCAAAGAGGGCCUGGGCAGGUGGGAUAUGUGGACAGAUGAGCUUAGGGCAGCACCCCCUAUCUCUAAAGACACACAAUUCAAUGAGAUCAUUGUGCCUACAGAGAACACAGUAUGCUACACAGCUCUGAUGGAGCUGCUCAUCACCCAUCAAAAGCCCACUGUCUUCAUUGGACCCACCGGCACUGGCAAGAGUGUCUACAUCAUAGACUUCCUGUUAAAUAGACUGAAGAAGGAUGUGUACAGCCCAUUACUCAUCAACUUCUCUGCCCAGACCACAGCUGCCAAGACUCAAAACAUCAUUAUGUCUAAGCUAGAUAAGAGGCGCAAAGGAGUGUUUGGUCCUCCUUUGGGGAAGAAAAUGGUGGUGUUUGUGGAUGAUGUCAACAUGCCAGCUCGGGAGACUUAUGGUGCCCAACCCCCUGUGGAGCUGCUGCGCCAGUGGCUGGAUCAUUGGAACUGGUACGACAUGAAGGACUGCUCCAUGAUCAACCUGGUGGACAUCCAGAUCAUUUGUGCCAUGGGUCCACCUGGUGGGGGGAGGAACCCUGUCACACCUCGCUUUCUGCGCCAUUUUAACAUGGUUACCAUUAACGAUUUUGAUGAGAAGACCAUGUACACCAUAUUCUCCAGGAUCAUGGACUGGCAUCUCUCCAUACGAUUUACCUUCCCAAAACCAUUUGCUGCCCUGACCUCUCAGAUCGUCAACAGCACUAUGUCUGUGUAUCAAGAAGCCACUAAGAACCUGUUGCCUACCCCUGCUAAGUCUCACUACCUCUUCAAUUUGCGUGACUUCUCCCGUGUCAUCCAAGGCAUCUGCUUAUCCCGGCCAGAGACUGCUGAUGAACCCUCAGCCGUCAAACGACUUUGGGUGCACGAGGUCCUGAGAGUCUAUUAUGACCGUCUAGUCCAUGACUCAGACUGUGCAUGGCUGCUGAGUCAUCUGCAGGCAGUGUCCCAAAGCCACUUGAUGGAGGACUUUCAUCAGCUCUUCCAGCAUCUGGACCAGGACCAGGAUGGAAUGGUCACAGAGGAUGAUUUGCGCAGUCUCAUGUUCUGUGACUUCCAUGACCCCAAGGGGGAGGACCGACACUACAGGGAGGUGCACAACCUGGACCAGCUCCGACAGGUGGUAGAGUCCCAUCUGGAUGAAUUCAACAACGUUAGCAAGGCGCCCAUGAAUCUGGUGCUUUUCCGCUUUGCCAUUGAGCACGUCUGCCGUGUCUCCCGUGUGCUUAAGCAGCCGCGGGGCCAUUCUCUUCUGGUGGGAGUGGGUGGGAGUGGACGUCAGUCUCUUACCCGGUUGGCUGCCUAUAUGGCAGAGGCUGAACUAUUCCAAGUAGAGAUCUCCAAGAGCUAUGGGACCAACGAAUGGCGAGACGACCUGAAGCUGAUCCUGAGGAAAUCUACGCAGGGUGACACACAUGGUGUUUUCCUGUUCACCGACACACAGAUAAAGAUGGAGUCCUUCCUAGAAGACAUCAGUAAUCUGCUCAACACUGGCGAGGUGCCCAACCUGUUUGCAGUGGAUGAGAGGCAGGAGAUCUGUGAGCAAAUGCGUGUGUUGGACCGGCAUCAGGAGUGCGACAAGCAGACAGAUGGUAGUCCCCUGGCCCUUUUCAACAUGUUCUUGGAGCGCUGCCGUUCUCAGCUGCACGUGGUGUUGGCCAUGAGCCCUAUUGGAGACACCUUCAGAAGCCGCUUGAGACGUUUCCCAGCCCUCAUCAACUGCUGCACUAUUGAUUGGUUCCAGAGCUGGCCUGAGGAUGCCCUGCAGGCUGUUGCCUCCCGCUUCCUGGAAGACAUUGAGAUGACGGAUGAGUCACGGCAGGGUUGUAUUAGCAUGUGCAAGAGCUUCCAUACCUCCACCAUCCAGCUGUCCACACGCUUCUUGGCUGAGCUGCAGCACUACAACUAUGUCACACCCACUUCCUACCUGGAACUUAUUUCCACCUUUAAGGUGCUGCUGCAGAAGAAGAGAAAUGAGGUGAUGAAGCUGAAGUGUCGCUAUGAGGUAGGCCUGGAGAAGCUGGAGUCUGCUGCAACCCAGGUGGCUACAAUGCAGAUGGAGCUGGAGGCUCUGCAGCCACAGCUGCGUGUGGCCAGCAAAGAGGUGGAUGAGAUGAUGGUGGUGAUCGAGCGGGAGUCGGUGGAGGUGGCCGGGACAGAGAAGGUGGUGAAGGCAGAUGAGGCGGUGGCCAAUGAACAGGCAAUGGCCGCCAAGGCCAUUAAGGAUGAAUGUGACGCUGACCUGGCCAUCGCCCUACCGAUCCUGGAGUCAGCCUUGGCAGCGCUAGAUACGCUUACCACCCAGGACAUCACAGUGGUCAAGUCUAUGAAAAGCCCUCCUACAGCAGUCAAGCUGGUGAUGGAAGCCAUCUGUAUCCUCAAGGGUAUCAAGCCUGACCGUGUGCCUGACCCAUCAGGAACGGGUAAAAAGAUUGAGGACUUCUGGGGUCCAGCCAAAAAACUAUUGGGCGACAUGAAGUUCCUUCAAAGCCUCCACGAGUAUGACAAAGACAACAUUCCGUCCAAUCUCAUUGCCAUCAUCCGCAACAAGUAUAUAACCAACCCAGAUUUUGUCCCAGAGAAAAUUCGAACAGCUUCCAUGGCUGCUGAAGGGCUGUGUAAGUGGGUUUGUGCCAUGGACUCCUAUGACAAAGUUGCCAAGGUGGUGGCGCCUAAGAAAGAGAAGCUGGCCCAGGCUGAAGGAGAGCUGAAAGUGGCUAUGGAAAGCCUACACAAAAAGCAAGCUGCUCUCAAAGAGGUCCAGGAUAAACUGGCUAAGCUUCAACAGACCCUACACACUAACAAAAACAAGAAGGCUGACUUGGAGAAUCAGGUGGAAAUGUGCUGCAAGAAAUUGGAGCGAGCUGAGCAGCUUGUUGGUGGCCUCGGUGGAGAAAAGACUCGCUGGAGUGAAACGGCCUUCAACUUGGGAGAGCUCUACAACAACCUGACUGGGGACAUCCUCAUCUCAGCAGGCAUAGUGGCCUACCUGGGGGCUUUCACCUCUAGCUACAGAAAGUCGCAGACAGAGGAGUGGAUAAACUUGUGCAAGAUCAAACAGAUCCCAUGUUCCAGCAACAUGUCCCUGAUGAGCUCUCUUGGUGAUCCAGUAAAGCUUCGUGCUUGGACAAUUGCUGGCUUGCCCUCAGACAGCUUCUCCACAGAUAACGGCAUCAUCAUUUCCAAUGCCAGGCGGUGGCCCUUAAUGAUUGAUCCCCAGGGUCAGGCCAACAAGUGGGUAAAGAACAUGGAGAAGGCCAACAGCCUGCGCAUUAUCAAGCUGAGCGAUGCUGACUUUGUACGCACCUUGGAGAACUGUAUCCAGUUUGGCACUCCAGUGCUCCUAGAGAACAUUGGUGAGGAGUUGGAUCCUAUCCUGGAGCCUCUACUGCUGAAGCAGACCUUCAAACAGGGUGGUGCCAUCUGUAUCCGCCUAGGAGACUCCACUGUCGAUUAUGCCCCUGACUUCCGCUUCUACAUCACUACCAAGCUACGAAACCCUCAUUACCUGCCUGAGACCUCAGUCAAGGUGACCUUGCUGAACUUCAUGAUCACUCCAGAGGGCAUGCAGGACCAGCUGCUGGGCAUUGUGGUGGCACGGGAGAGGCCUGACCUGGAGGAGGAGAAACAGGGUCUCAUUCUGCAGGGAGCAGAGAACAAGAGGCAGUUGAAGGAGAUUGAGGACAAGAUCCUGGAGGUGCUUUCCUCUUCUGAGGGCAACAUUCUUGAGGAUGAGACAGCUAUUCAGAUCCUCUCCUCCUCCAAGGUGCUGUCCAAUGAGAUCUCGGAAAAGCAGGCCAUCGCCGAGGAGACAGAGAUGAAGAUCGAUGAGACCCGUAUGGGCUACACACCCAUUGCCGUGCACUCGGCCAUCCUCUUCUUCUCCAUUGCUGAUCUGGCCAGCAUAGAGCCCAUGUACCAAUACUCCCUCACCUGGUUUAUCAACCUCUUCAUUAACUCCAUUGACAACUCCGAAGAGAGCGAUGUCCUGGAGCAGAGACUGCAAAUCCUGAGAGACCAUUUCACCUAUUCGCUGUAUGUCAAUGUGUGCCGCUCACUGUUUGAAAAGGAUAAACUGCUCUUCUCCUUCUGCCUCAAUGUCAAUCUACUAAUACAUGACAAGCUGGUCAAUGAGGGUGAGUGGCACUUCCUGCUGACAGGAGGUGUGGGCCUGGAUAAUCCUCACUCUAACCCCUGUACCUGGUUACCCAAGAAGUCCUGGGAUGAAAUCUGCCGCCUGGAUGAGAUGGAGUCCUUCAAGGAUCUACGUCAUGACAUGGCACGCAUCAGGGAUGAGUGGAAGAAGGUCUACGACAGCCCUAGCCCCCACCACACUCCAUUCCCUGACGACUGGCAUGGCAAGCUGGGGCAGUUCCAGAAGAUGCUGGUGAUUCGCUGUCUCAGACCAGACAAAAUCAUUCCCAUGGUGCAGGAGUAUGUGUCAGGUAGCUUGGGCCGUCCCUUCAUCGAGACCCCACCUUUUAACCUGGGCAAGGCCUUUGUGGAUAGUCACUGCUGCACCCCACUAAUCUUCAUCCUCUCCCCUGGCUCAGACCCCAUGGCUGCCUUGCUCAAGUUUGGAGAUGAGCAGGGGUUCAGUGGUAAAAAGCUUACCUCCCUCUCUCUGGGCCAAGGCCAGGGGCCCAUCGCCAUGAACAUGAUUGAGACAGGCAUUAAGGAGGGCACCUGGGUGGUCCUUCAGAACUGUCACCUGGCCAGCUCCUGGAUGUCCACACUGGAGAGAGUAUGUGAGGAGUUGAACCCAGAGACAACCCACCCUGACUUCAGGCUUUGGCUGACCAGUUACCCAUCCCCCAACUUCCCUGUAUCCGUGCUCCAGAAUGGAGUCAAGAUGACCAAUGAGGCCCCCAAGGGACUGCGAUCCAAUAUCACACGUUCUCUCCUCAUGGACCCCAUCUCUGACCCCGAGUUUUUCAGCACCUGCUGCAAGCAGGCCGUGUUCAAGAAACUACUGUAUGGGCUGUGUUUCUUCCAUGCUUUGACCCAGGAGAGGAGGAAGUUUGGCCCUCUGGGAUGGAACAUCCCUUAUGAGUUUAACGAGACCGAUCUGCGUAUCUCUGUGCAGCAACUGUACAUGUUCCUGGAACAGUAUCAGGAAGUGCCCUUUGAUGCGCUCCGCUACAUGACAGGCGAGUGCAACUACGGUGGACGCGUAACGGAUGACUGGGACAGACGGACCUUGCGCACCAUCCUCUCUGUCUUCUACACACCGAAGAUUGUCGAAGAUCGUGACUACAAGUUUGACCCCAGUGGGCUCUAUUAUGCACCAGCUGAGGGUGAUUACAACAGCUACAUAGAGUACACUAAGUCACUCCCACUCAACCCGUCUCCUGAAAUAUUUGGCAUGCACGCCAAUGCGGACAUCACCAAGGACCAGGCGGAGACCCAGCUGCUCUUCGACAGCAUCCUACUCACACAGUCUCGAUCUUCAGGUGGAGAUGCCAAGUCCUCAGAAGAUAUGGUCUUUGAUGUUGCAGCCGACAUCCUAAGCAAGCUGCCUGCCAACUUUGACUUGGAGAUGGCGAUGCAGCGCUUUCCCACCAGCUACAGCCAGAGCAUGAACACAGUGCUGGUGCAGGAGAUGGGCCGCUUCAACAACCUGCUGCAGACCAUCCGGGACUCCUGCGUCAACACUCAGAAGGCCAUCAAGGGUCUGGUGGUGAUGUCUGCAGAGCUGGAGGAGGUGGUCAGUAGCAUUCUGAAGGGCCGUGUCCCCAGCAUGUGGAUGAAGAAGUCCUAUCCCAGCCUAAAACCCCUCGGCAGCUAUGUCAACGACUUCUUGGUCCGACUCAAGUUCCUACAGGACUGGUAUGAAGAUGGAACACCAGUGGUCUUCUGGAUGUCAGGAUUCUUCUUCACCCAGGCUUUCCUAACAGGUGGCCAGCAGAAUUACGCCAGGAAGCACAUCAUCCCUAUUGACCUGCUGGGCUUUGACUAUGAGGUGCUGGAUGACAAGGAGUACAAGAAGCCCCCUGAGGAUGGUAUGUACGUACGAGGGCUUUUUCUUGACGGUGCCCGUUGGGACAGAAAGACCAAACUCCUUGCCGAGUCCUACCCUAAAGUGUUACACGACACUAUGCCUGUGAUGUGGCUGAAGCCUAUCAAGCGACAGGACAUCCCCCAGAGGAUGUGCUACUUGGCACCCGUCUACAAAACCAGCGAGCGACGCGGCACCCUGUCCACUACAGGCCACUCCACCAACUAUGUCAUCGCCAUAACCCUCAACUCCAACGUGCCCGCUGAGCACUGGGUCCGAAGGGGGGUGGCACUGCUCUGCCAGCUCAGCUCCUAGCCUCUGGUUUGGCUUACUUCCUGUUUAAUCAGAUGUGUUACUG